CAUUCCGCAUCCUGGGGGCGGUGACGUAGGAAUUUACUGGCAGACGAGACAGGGUGAACAAAAAAAAAAACCCAUCAAAGUGGAGCACAACCUGCGAAAAUAUCACAGACAAUUGUAGAGGAAACCAGCUGGCACCGAAACUUUGAUUGCGGGCAGUCCGGUCUCUGCUCCCGAGCCAAGCCAGAGAUGGCCACCGAGAAGACUGCAUACACUCCCGUUGAGGGGGGACCCUCUUCACCGUCGCUCCCCGGACAAAAUGUGUUUCCUCCCUCAUAUGACAUGGUUAUGUCGGGCCCUGCUCCUGUUGGUUUCCUCGCUCCUAGUGGUUUCUCUCCACCUGGUGGAUUCCCUUCUCCUGGAGGAUUCGCUGCACCUGGUGGUUUCCUUGCUCCUGGUGGUCUCUCUCAAUCUGGAGGACUAGAUGCACCUGGUGGUUUCCUUGCUCCUGGUGGUCUCUCUCCAUCUGGAGGACUGGAUGGACCUGGUGGUUUCCUUGCUCCUGGUGGUCUCCCUCCAUCUGGAGGACUGGAUGCACCUGGUGGUUUCCCUGCUCCUGGUGGUCUCCCUUUCCCUCCACCGACUGCUUUUGGACCGGGUGCACCUGGAGCUUUUAAAAUGCCCAUGAACCCUCAAGAUGGUUCAGGAUAUGGCGCCAACCCCUCUUCUUCACCAUAUUCUCCACCAGGCCCCGGCAUUAAUGAUGGUGUUUACCACAGCGAGGAUGAUCCACCACCCUUUCACGAGAAUCAAGACUUUGAUUUUGGGUUAGAUAACAAGAGCAUAAGAAGGGCUUUCAUUCGUAAGGUAUUCUUGGUGUUGACUGCUCAGCUGAUGGUGACAUUCGCCUUUGUGGCUGUUUUCACCUUUGUGGAUGAAGUCAAGGCGUUUGUCAGGGUGAACAUGUGGACCUACCUGGUAUCCUACGUGAUCUUCUUUGUGUCAGUCUGUGUGAUCAGCUGCUGUGGCAGUGUUCGCCGAAGACAUCCUUGGAACCUGGUUGCAUUGUCUGUCUUGACUCUCAGCAUGUCCUACAUGGUGGGAAUGAUCGCCAGUUUCCAUGACACAGACUCCGUGGUCAUGGCGGUGGGCAUCACAGCAGUUGUGUGCUUUACAGUGGUCAUCUUUUCUCUGCAGACCAAGUAUGACUUCACCUCCUGUCACGGUGUGCUUUUCGUUUGUUUAAUCGUCCUGAUCCUCUUCGGCCUCCUCUGCAUCUUCAUCCGUAACAAGAUUCUGCACAUUGUGUAUGCUGGACUGGGAGCUUUGCUCUUCACCUGCUUCUUGGCGGUCGACACACAGCUGCUGCUUGGCAACAAGGAACUGGCCCUGAGUCCAGAGGAAUAUGUGUUUGCUGCUCUGAACCUGUACACAGAUAUCAUCAACAUCUUUCUCUAUAUUCUUGCUAUCAUUGGGAGAGCAAGGGGGAGCUGAGCAGGAGGAACAACAGAUGGAAAUUCUAACAGAGAAUUGUUUUAAGUUCAUGUCUAGAAGUGGAUUCACGUAAUCUUUAUUUGUGUCUUGUAGUGUGCACCAAUCACGUAGUUGAGACAUUUUUUUUUGUUCCCUUCACCCAGUGUAAAUGUUAUUUUUAUGAUUAGUAUAAGUAGAUAAUCUAUGUUGUAGUGUGGGGGUUCAUUAAUAAGUUUUCUGAUGUGCAAAACCUGUUAUUUUGGUUCAGAAAUCUUGCAGUACAGAAAGAUUAAACUGUAAAUAUUGGACAAAUUCUGACAGGGCUUUCAACUGUGCCUCAGUCUCCUUCAUCAGUUGUCAUGGAGAUUCAUCUGUUGACGUAGUUGUGAUUUGAUCCACUGCACGUUUAGGACUUCUCGGCUUCUUUAGCGGUUGCAGUUAAACCUCUGGAAGAAGCUGGUAAGUGGACCAUGAGUUUAUCAUUUCCUGGAUUGAGAUUUAACUUUAUUGCCUGACUUAUAAACUAGCAGUGAUGAGAAGAGCAAAACAGUGCAGUGCUUGGAAUCUUAACCAUUGCUGAUUCAGUCACUGUGACAACUGAACAAACUACAUCAUGGUGAAGACAGAUAUGGCUGAAAGCCCUAGAUUUAGCUAGUAAGUGGGAAGUUGGAAUUUUAGUCUAUAAACUAUCAUUUCAAAGGUUACAACCUACUGCUUAAAUAUAUAUAAAAAAAACUUUUAUAAAA